UCUCUCUCUCUCUCUCUGAAGCUUGUGCUCUGUUUUGGAACAGAAACGCCAUGGCGACUGGAGUUUCGAUUACUUCAAGCGCAUCAACGCACUGUUUCAAACAAAAAACUCACCAGAUUCCGACACGCUUUUCCAAUUCAAUCUCCUGCUCGCCAAAAAUAUGUGGAAUUUCUUCUACCUCUAGGAAAAACAAGACCUUGAGAGUACGCUUGGUUAUGGAGAAGAAAGCAGAGGAUGUUAUCAAAGUUGACGAAGAAAUUGACACUCUGAAAUCCGGCGACGCUAUAAACAAUCAGAUCACAGGCGCCUCACGUGGGGAAGAGAGAUUAGAAAGGAAAAGAUUCGAAAGAUAUACUUAUCUUGUCGCUGCAAUCAUGUCCAGUCUCGGAGUCACUUCCAUGGCCGCCAUAUCUGUUUAUUACAGAUUUUCUUGGCAAAUGGAGGGUGGAGAAUUUCCACUUUUGGAAAUGUUCUGCACAUUUGCUCUCUCUGUAGGCGCUGCUGUGGGAAUGGAAUUCUGGGCUAGGUGGGCUCACAGGGUGCUCUGGCACGCUUCAUUGUGGAAUAUGCACGAGUCCCAUCACCAACCCAGAAAGGGUCCCUUUGAAGUCAACGAUGUUUUCGCCAUCAUCAACGCUAUCCCAGCGAUUAUUCUUCUUGCUUAUGGGUUCUCUAACAAGGAUGUAAUUCCAGGACUCUGCUUCGGUGCGGGUCUAGGGAUCACAGUGUUUGGGAUGGCCUACAUGUUUGUGCAUGAUGGACUUGUCCACCGUCGAUUUCCAGUAGGGCCCAUCGCAAAUGUUCCUUAUUUACGAAGAGUUGCUGCAGCUCACCAACUUCAUCACUCUGAUAGAUUUGAUGGGGUGCCAUAUGGGUUGUUCUUGGGCCCAAAGGAAGUAGAAGAAGUUGGGGGAAUGGAAGAGUUGGAAAAUGAAAUCCAACGAAGGAUCAAGCAAUCCAAAGGUUCUUAGUUCUUAUGAUAGUCAAUUCUAGAAAUGGGUUGGUCUUUAUUUUGUGAUUUGGUAAA